AUGUUAUCGAAUGUAGUUCUUCCAACAAAUUUAGAGAUAAUUCCAAAUAAUUGUUUUGGAUAUUGUGAUAUCAGAUCGAUAAAUAUUCCAAAUAAAGUCAAAGAGAUGAAGAAAUAUUGUCUUCAAUAUAAUCAAAAUCUAUUAACGAUAACAAUAACCGAUAAUUCCAUUUUGACAAGAAUUGAAGAAUAUUCAAUGCAAAGAUCAAAGAUUGAAACAAUAUUUUUACCGAAAACAGUUUCUUAUUUUGCAGCAAAUGCAUUUGAAUCUUCUCAAACAUUAAAAACUAUUACAUGCAAUCCAUCUAACCCAACGUUUUCAGUAAUGGAUGGUAUCUUAUAUAACAAAGAUAAGACUAUUCUCGUAAGAUAUCCUGCUAAUCAUGGAUCAUCAUUUCAAGUUCCAGAUUCAGUAAAAAAGAUUGGCUUCUGUGCAUUCAUUUCAUCUGUGAUUGAAACAAUUAUUUUCCCUCCAAACCUGAAAACCAUAGAUGGAUGGUCAUUCAUGGGUACAAGACUGAAAAAAUUAAAAAUCCCAGAUUCUGUUACAGAUAUUGGAGAAGGAGCAUUUGCAGCUUGCACAUCUUUGACAGAAAUAUCAUUUGGUGCAGGUAUGACAUAUAUUCCAAGCUAUGGCUUCACUAAUGCAAGAAUAACAAAAAUAGCAAUUCCUGAUAAUAUUACAACAAUAGGUGAUUUUGCCUUUGAUAAUUGUCCAACUUUGAAAGAAGUAAUACUACCUUCAACAAUAACAAAUCUUGGAGGUUCAUGUUUCCCAUCAAAUGUAAACGUAUCGUUUCCAAGUGAUGCAAAACUCUCUCUUGAUGAUCAACAAAUUCUUUAUAAUCUCGACAAAAGUAUUUUAAUCAUGUGUCUUAAGAAAAGUACAUCGUAUAUCAUUCCAGAAUCAGUUGUUACUAUCAGAUCAUCUGCAUUCAAAGAGAUGACAGAUCUAACUAAGAUUGAAUUUAGAUCAGGCACAUCUCUGCAAACUAUCGAGUAUGAUGCAUUCUUAGGAUGCAGCAAACUAUCAUCAAUUGAGAUUCCUAGCUCAGUUACCUCUUUUGGAAAGAAAUCAUUCUAUAACUGUGCGCAGCUCAAGUCAGUCUUCUUCGGAAGUAAGCUUACUCGGAUAUCAUCACAAUGUUUUGAAGGCUGCACAUCUCUCAGUACGGUCAGUUUCAGCACAUGCGAUAGUUCUUGCAUAAUCGACUCAUAUGCAUUCAGUGGAUGUACAUCUCUGAAGACACUCACGCUUAGUGAAAAUAUUUCUAGUAUUGAUAUGUAA